AUGUCUUUGCAACGGGAUGAGCCAAUUGCCAUUAUUGGUAGUGGCUGCCGAUUUCCAGGCGAUUCCACAAGCCCAUCAGCGCUAUGGGAACUUUUAAAAGAGCCGCGCGAUGUUCUCACAGAAAUCCCCGUCGAGCGGUUUAAUCCGGCAGGUUUCUACCAUGAAGAUGGAAUGCAUCAUGGGAGUACAGAUGUUCAUGAAUCAUAUCUGCUGUCAGAUGACUAUCGCCAUUUUGAUGCCCAAUUCUUCAAUAUCAACCCCAUGGAAGCGAAUUCCAUGGAUCCACAGCAGCGACUAUUACUUGAAACAGUCUAUGAGUCUACCGAGUCAGCUGGUUUGCCCAUAGAUGACCUUCGCGGGUCACCAACGGCCGUGUUCGUCGGAUUAAUGUGCGAGGAGUAUAGCAAUCACCUGCUUCGAGAUCCUGAGACGACACCGAUAUAUAUGGCCACAGGAACGGCACGCAGCAUCAUGUCCAACCGAAUUUCCUACUUCUUCGAUUGGCAUGGGCCUUCAAUGACGAUCGACACGGCAUGUUCAUCAAGUUUGGUGGCAGUACACCUGGCAGCUGGGGCAUUGAGGUCGGGCGAGUCCAGAAUCGCUAUAGCGGCCGGUGCAAACCUCAUCCUCUCGCCAGAGCCCUAUAUCGGGGAGAGUAAGUUGAAAAUGCUUUCUCCUGGAAGCCGGUCUCGCAUGUGGGACGCAGAUGCUGAUGGAUAUGCGCGGGGAGACGGCGUUGCGGCAAUUGUAUUAAAAACCUUGAGUGCUGCUCUUGAAGAUGGAGACAAUAUUGAGUGUGUCAUUCGAUCGACCGGCGUUAAUCAGGAUGGACGAACUAAGGGUAUAACAAUGCCUAGUGCAACAGCCCAGGAAGCUUUGAUCCGUGAAACGUAUGAAAAGUCUGGACUAAAUCCGAGGAACAGGCAAGACCGCUGUCAGUACUUCGAAGCUCACGGAACAGGUACUCCAGCUGGUGAUCCAAUUGAAUCCGAGGCUAUUAGCCAUGUUUUCUUCGACUCAGACAACUCAUGCGGUGCCGGAGAAAUUGACGAUGCUGUUAAGUUAUAUGUCGGCUCUAUUAAGACUGUUAUCGGGCACACGGAGGGUACUGCUGGCCUUGCAGGCGUGAUCAAAUCAGUCUUGGCUAUUAAGAAUAAGACUAUCCCCCCCAACAUGCUAUUUAAAAAGCUUAGCCCAGCUGUUAAGCCAUUCUAUGACAAUCUCAAAAUCCCAACGGUAGCAAUUCCUUGGCCCGUGGUCCCAAGCGGUUGUCCUCGCCGGGCAAGUGUCAAUAGCUUUGGGUUCGGCGGUACAAAUGCUCAUGUUAUACUCGAAAGCUUCGACCCAAUCCUCGAUAAGACACACGCCACUAUCAAAGAACUCCACCUGCCACUGCCGUUUGUAUUCUCGGCCACUUCUACCCAAUCACUAGCUAGGAUGGUAGCCGCAUAUUCUGCCUAUCUUAAAACUCGCAACCCACUCGACCUUCGAGAUUUGGCACAUACAUUAUAUGCUAGGAGAUCGGCAUUACCAAUAAAAGCUACAUUUUCGGCAUUAAACCAUGAACAACUUUGGUCAAAACUUGAUAGCGCCAUUGCUACAUCAACCUCUGAUAUUGGCACUCGCUCCUCUACCAGCUCGCCUCGGAUUCUAGGAGUCUUCACAGGCCAAGGUGCGCAGUGGGUUGGAAUGGGGAAAGAGCUACUUGCCCGAUCAGCUCAAGUUCAAGAAAUUAUUUCUCGACUUGAUGAAAGACUUGCAUGUCUUCCUGCAGAAGACCGGCCUUCAUGGACAUUGAAAGGCCAACUGUUGGCUGAAGCAUCGGAGUCAAGAGUCCACGAGGCCGGGAUAUCGCAACCACUGUGUACUGCGAUCCAAGUAGCGCUAGUUGACCUCCUGUAUGAAUCUGGAGCCAAGUUUGAAGCGGUUGUGGGCCAUUCAUCAGGAGAGAUUGGAGCUGCAUACGCUGCGGGCUAUAUUUCUGCCAACGACGCAAUCAUAAUUGCUUACUAUCGUGGCCUUUAUGCCCAUCUUGGCAGCGAAAAGGUACCGGGAGCGAUGUUAGCUGCUAGCACUUCCAUGGAAGACGCCAUUGAACUCUGCGAGUUUCCCGAAUUUGAAGGGCGUAUUGUCGUCGCUGCUUGGAAUUCUUCCUCAAGCGUGACUCUAUCAGGCGAUGCAAACGCCAUCGAAGAUGCUAAAACUAUUCUUGAGGAUGAGAAAAAGUUUGCGAGGCUGUUGAAAGUUGACACGGCUUAUCAUUCCCAUCAUAUGGUACCUUGCGCUGAUCCGUAUGUAAAGUCUCUAGAAUCAAGUGAUAUCAAAGUCAGUUCUCUGACAAAUACUUGUUCUUGGUUUUCGAGUGUGGAAGAUGGUGAAUUGAUGGGUAUUCGCAAGGACCUCGAACAUACUUAUUGGAAAGAUAACAUGAUCAAGCCUGUUUUAUUCUCAACUGCGAUUCAGCGGGCUAUUGCCAUGAAAGGGCCAUUUAGUAUUGCACUGGAGAUCGGGCCCCAUCCGUCACUUCAGGGCCCAGCCCUACAGACAAUUCAAGAAUUGACUGGACAGACAAUACCUUAUGCUGGCCUUUUGCGAAGGGAGAAGGACGCCGCCGAGACCGUCUCAGAUGCUUUGUGUUUCGUAUGGCAAAAUCUUGGACCUUCAGCCAUCAAUCUUUCCCGCCACAUAAGUCUAUUCUCACAAGAUCAAAGCACGCCACGGACCUUGAAAGACCUGCCAACUUACUCUUGGGACCACGAGAGGAUAUACUGGUUUGAAUCCCGUGCCACAAAGGCAUUUCGGACAAGAUCCCAAGGUAGUCAUGAGUUACUAGGCACGGCAUGCAUUGACAACACUGAAGAAGCAUGGAGCUGGCGUAAUCACCUACGACCAAAUGAAAUAUCUUGGCUCAGUGGCCACAAACUCCAGGAUCAAAUGAUAUUUCCUGCGGCUGGGUAUGCUGUUACCGUCCUGGAAGGAAUGAAGGCAUUGGCAAUUACACGCCCGGUCAAGGUUAUUGAACUUCGAGACUUUUCGAUCGGUAGGCCAAUGUCCUUUGAAGAGGACGAUGCAGGGGUUGAGGUUGUUUUUGCUCUUACAAAUAUCGAAACGCAGAAUAAUGGAGAAACCACAAUAAUGGCAGAUUUCACUUAUCAUGCAGGCUUAGGAAAUGACCCGGAUAGGCUGACGCUUAUGGCAAGUGGCCAGGCACUUGCUGUGUUUGGAGAUCCAAGCCUUUCUUUGCUACCAGCCCGACCCCCACUUUUACCCAAUCUCGUUGAUGUCGAGAGCGAUCUGUUCUAUGAGUCUCUUAACAAUCUAGGCUAUGGGUAUUCAGGCCCGUUCAGGGCUUUAUCCGAUUUAAAAAGGAAGUUGGAUAUAGGCACGGGCUUACUUAUAAAUCCACAUUUUGCGGAUCCCAAAAUCGGACUUAUCAUUCAUCCUGGGCUAUUAGAUGCCACCUUUCAAUCUUUAUUUCUUGCCUUCUGCUGGCCAGGAGAUGGGAGUCUCAAGGAGCUCUAUGUGCCCACCAAAAUCCAGAGCAUCAGGAUCAACCCCUAUUUAUGCGACCGGCUUUCUCAGGAUGCACAACUAUCUUUUGAUUGUACGUUAACACAUAGAACCUCUAUGCUAGUUCGCGGAGAUGUGGCUCUGUAUCCAGCCAACGGUGGACAUGCUAUCUUGCAGGCUCAAGGGGUUUCUGUGGUGCCUUUUGCGCCAUCAACCGAAGCACACGAUCGUCAGCUGUUCUCGCGCAUCGACUGGGGACUCGCUUCUAUAGAUGGAGAAGCGGCCGCGUCAGACGAUCAACCUACCGUGGAGGAACAGCAGUUUGCAUCUGUUGCAGAGCAAACUGCGUUAUGGUAUAUUCAGAAGCUUCUCGACGACGUGACCGAGGAGCAGUGGGCGAAUUCAGAAUGGCAUCACAAACAGCUCCUUCAUUAUGCAACCGACACUGUCUCGAGUGUUGCUAGUGGAAAGCGCAGAUUCGUGCAGAAAGAAUGGUUGCUCAAUUCCAGGGAGCGUAUUGUUGACCUAAUGCAAAUAUACCCGAAUAGCUUUGAGCUAGAACUUCUUCGUGCCGUUGGAGAAAAUUUGGCCGCUGCGGUUCGAGGAGAAACAAAUAUCCUAGAGCACAUGAUGCGCGAUAAUAUGUUGGAGCGGCUCUACGCUGAAGGCACUGGAGUCGGGAAGCAGACACUUUUCUUGGGCCGCAUGGUUGGACAGCUGGCUCAUCGAUACCCACAUAUGAAAAUCCUUGAAAUAGGUGCGGGGACUGGUGGGGCUACCAAGAGUGUUUUCAAACAUAUUGGUCAAGCGUUUACUUCCUAUACUUUCACAGAUAUAUCCACUGGCUUCUUCGAGAAAGCCCAGAACAUCUUCGAAGACCAUAGGUCGCGGAUAAUAUUCAAGGCGCUUGAUAUCGAGAGGGAUGUUGACGCACAAGGAUUUAGCCAAGGAACAUACGACUUGGUUAUCGCAUCCUUAGUCCUUCACGCUACAGCUAGUAUUGAGGCGACGCUAAUAAAUGCCCGCAAACUCUUGAAACCAGGUGGCUUCCUGAUCAUGUGCGAGCUAACAAAUCCCCCUCCUUUGAGAAUGGGAUUUGUAUUUGGCGGGCUGCCUGGGUGGUGGCUAGGGGUGGAUGAUGGCAGAACCCUAUCACCAUGUAUUAGCUCUGCUGAUUGGCAUACAUGUUUGAGAAAAACUGGUUUCUCUGGGGUGGAUACCAUAACUCCGGAAGGCGAUGGUUUGGUCCGGCCUGGCUUCGUCAUUGCGUCUCAGGCCAUCGACCAACGGGUCACAGCCAUACGUCGGCCUUUGGUAUCUCGAGAAGGGGUGCCCCAAAUUUCCGAGCUAUUUAUCCUUGGAGGUACCGCGCUACACACUUCACAGCUUGUCGAUCGGAUUCUCGAGACUCUGCGUCCAUAUUCCACGAAAAUCACAAAGGUCAAUAUUCUCGAGGAUCUAGACUGGGGUGUUGUUUCUUCAAUGAGUGUAGCGCUUAGCAUCACCGAACUUGAUGAACCAAUGUUUAAAUGUAUGACGAAGGAGAAGCUUGAAGGUAUCAAACAAUUGUUUGACCAGGCGAGGUCAGUGCUUUGGCUUACUCGAGGCUGCCGGUCAGCAAAUCCUUAUUCAAACAUAACUGUAGGGUUUAGUCGUUCUCUGGUGGAAGAGAUGCCCCAUGUCCGACUCCAGCUUCUAGACAUAGAUCCUGAAGCACAGCCUGAUCCUCAUUUCAUCAGCGAGUCGCUUCUUCGUGCACACAUGCUGGAUGUGUGGGAAGAUGACCGGUCUCAGGGUAGUCUGUUAUGGUCCAAAGAACCGGAGAUGGUGCAAGAGAAAUCUAAAUGUCUCAUCCCUCGACUAAUCGCUAAUAAGCCUCGAAAUGAUGUUUAUAACUCCGGCCGGCGAGUAAUCACCAAGGAGAUAGACCCGAGGAAGUCAAAAGUUUACCUUCACCAUACUGGGUCAGGUUACGAAUUGAAAGAUAUUCAGAGUAUUAAUGCCAAGGGAAACACCAACGACGAUAAAAUGGUUCACAUUGCUGUCACACAUUCAUUGGUUUCAUCGAUACGGUUAUCUUUAACAACGGUUCUCUUUCUCGUCCUUGGAUCGAACCUCAAAAAUAAUAAAACUGUUCUGGGUUUAGCUAAGACGAACGCGUCUAUUGUGGAAGUUUCUUCUCAAUGGGCAUUCGAUUGUGAUAUCGCGCUAGGUAAAGAGGUAGACUUCUUACGUGUGGUAGCAAAUGAGCUUGUGGCACACUACGUGGCAUCUGAAGAGCUUGUCUCCACCUCGGUGGUAAUCCAUGAGCCUCACCCAGACAUGGCGGCUGCACUCUGUCGGCAUGCAUUGCAAAACGACAUCAACAUACUAUUCACCACUCAUGACGCCGAGAAGCAAGGAUUGACUAGCCCUUGGGCCUAUAUCCACCCGAUGGCACCUGGUCAUGAGAUUGCACAAGCAAUCCCUGAUAAUACCUCCCUAUUUGUCAAUUUUACAUCAGAUACACAGCCGAUAAGGGGUGGCUCUAGCAUCCAACCAUGUCUUCCUCCAAGUUGCAAGGUCGUAAACAGAGCGUCGCUUUUUGGUGCUUCGUCUCAAUUGCCACCAAAGGCUGCCCACGGUUGGAUACCCGUCGUUCUCCAUAAUUCAUUUAAAAUCCAAAGAGACCUGGCAUGCGGCAACAAAUCGCAUAUGAUUGGACCGACGUUCUCACUUGAGCACGUCUUGAAGUCUUCAAGUAUUGAGCCGUUGGCCGUAGUUGAUUGGACGAUUUCGGAUACCGUUCCCCUAACCCUUGAGCCUAUUGACUCAGGAGAUCUAUUUUCCGCAGAUAAAACGUACAUUCUCUUCGGACUGACGAGCGACCUUGGGCAAUCUCUAUGCACAUGGAUGGUCCAGCGAGGAGCAAGACACGUUGUUAUGACAAGUCGUCACCCGAAAAUUGAGGAUGCCUGGAUUCAGAGUCUCCAGAGCCGCGGUGCAACAAUAAAAGUUUUCUCAAACGAUAUUACCGAUAAGAAUGCUUUGCAGAUGCUUGUUCAAGAAAUCAGAAGCACCUGCCCACCAGUUGGCGGUAUUGCAAAUGGGGCAAUGGUCCUUCAAGAUAUGUUAAUAAACGAUCUUGACAUUGACAAUCUGCUCAGAGUCCUAAAACCGAAAGUUGAUGGGAGCUUGUACCUCGACGAACUGUUUCAUGAUGAUAACCUUCAAUUCUGCAUAUUCUUUUCCUCACUUGCUUGCGUGUAUGGGAACCCUGGCCAGGCUAAUUAUGGCGGUGCGAAUGCGUUUAUGUGUGCACUUGCGUCUCAGCGCAGAAGCCGAGGCCGCGCAGCCUCAAUUCUGCAUAUCGGGGCAGUUAUGGGGGCUGGUUAUGUAACCAGAGAAGGUACCCAAUUUCUUCUUCAGUCGUUGUCCAAGGCAGGAUGGCUGUGGCUGUCUGAACGUGACUUUCAGCAAUCCUUUGCGGAAGCAAUACUACUUGGUAGCUCAGACUUUGAACAGAACCCUGAAGUACUUGUUGGAGUCCGGAAGGUAGAACCGGAGGAGGGGGCUGAAAAACAAUGGUAUGAUAACCCCAAGCUCUCGCACUGCGCCAACGAGCAGGACAACCUCGAGGUUAAGAAGAGUGACACUGCUACCGUCGUAUCUCUCAAGGCCAAGUUACUGGGAGCAAAUACCGAAAACGAAGUUUAUGAGAUUUUAAAAGAAUCGUUCUUGGCUAAACUUCAAGUUGUACUACAACUCGACUUAGAAGGAAAAGGAGACUCAAUUAUUGAGAAGGGUGCCGAUAGCCUAGGCAUAGACUCAUUAAUUGCGGUUGAAAUACGGUCAUGGUUUUUAAAGGAGUUUCUAGUUGACAUCCAAGUUCUCAAAAUUCUUGGAGGCGCCACUAUCGGUGAGAUUCUCGACAGUGCGCUGGUAAAACUCCCUCGUGAGUUGAUUCCCAACGUAACUGCUUCUGAUGCACCUGCGACGACAUCGACUCAGGGCCACGGAGAAAUCCCUCUACACCCUGAAAGACAAGACUCGACGUCAUCAGCCUCACUAGUUACUGGCACAUUAAGUCGGACGCCGACAUCUGCGUCGUCGUUCGUUAAGAUCGAAAAAUCCCAGUUCAUUUCAAAUACUGAUUUUAUGAGGAAGGAAGAGAUGGGUUUUGGUCAGUCUAGGUUUUGGUCUCUGAGAAGCCUUCUUGAUGACCAAACAACUUUUAAUAUUGUGUGUUCUGGUCGCCUCAGUGGCCCCUUGAGGGUAGAAGACCUUGAUAAGGCGAUCUCAAAAGUGGCUCAGAUGCACGAAGGCUUACGUACAGCCUUCAUCGAAGAAGGGCAAGUCUACCGCCAAGCUAUCCUCCCUGCGUCGACAGUGCAUCUCGAACGGCACACCAUUGCCAACAAGGAAGAUGUCGCCCGCGAGCAUAAAGCUAUGAGUGAUUAUGUUUUUGAUCUCGAGCAUGGCGAAACCCUUAGAAUUAUGCUUCUCUCGCAAUCCUCCAUUAAGCACUUCUUGGUUAUAGGGUACCACCACAUUGUUAUGGACGGAAUUAGUCUUGAGAUAUUCCUUUCGGAUAUCUCCAAAGCAUACAAUGGAGAGAUACUGGCCUUCAAAGGCAUUCACUACUGUGACUAUUCUAUUCGAGAGCGAACGAAAAUCAAGACCGGUCAAAUGGACUCCGAGCUCUCAUUUUGGCGGAAAGAGUUUAUUGACGCCCCCGUGCCGUUGCCCCUAUUGCCAUUUUCGGCCAUACGAUCUCGUCAGCAUCUUACGGAUUACAACUACAACGAGGUUAAUCAUAGAGUCGAUUCCGGAAUGUCCUCUCAAAUAAAAGAAAUUUGCAAGGAACACAAAGUCACACCCUUCCACUUCUAUUUGGCAGCUUUCAAAACACUUCUACUCCGACUGCUCCCCACUGAAGACAUAUGCAUCGGAAUGGCAGAUGCGAACAGGGUGGAUAAUGAUAUAUUAGAGAGCAUAGGAAUGUUCCUCAACCUCCUUCCUUUACGGUUCCGGACAUACCCCAAACAAACAUUUGAGGACGCGUUGAAGGAGACUAGAAGAAAAGUAUACGCAGCAUUGGCCAAUGGUAAAGUUCCGUUCAACAUCCUCCUAGAAGAGCUCGAUGUCCCACGAUCUGCAACGUCCUCUCCUAUGUUUCAGGCUUUCAUCAACUACCGUCAAGGCGUGCAAGAAAGGAGAGCAUUUGGUGACUGCCAAGUGGAGGGCCUAGAGUACCAGGUCGCGCGCACUUCAUAUGAUAUAUCCUUAGACAUCAUGGACAACCCAGGUGGAGAUUCCGUUAUCACUUUUAUGGUCCAAAAGGCCCUUUAUCCAAGCCGAGAGGCCAAUAUUCUUAUGGAAUUCUUUCUAAGCCUGCUUGAUACCUUUUCUAGAAAUCCUCGGAUCGGGGCAGACUCGGCCCCUCUGUUCAGCAAUGAGAGUAUCCAAAAAUCACUGAAGCUUGGGCAAGGACCAACGCUGCAAUCAAAGUGGGGCGCUACCGUGUGCCACCAGAUUGAUAGCAUUAUUCACGAACGAGGGUCUGCCAUCGCGGUAAAAGAUGGGAUAUCAUCCGGUCUGACAUACCAGGCGCUUUCAGACCGGUCCGCUGCUAUAUCUGCUGCUCUACUCCAAAGUAACUGGCGGGACGGCUCAACGGUCGCCGUAUUCCAGGAGCCUUCUUCGGACUGGGUAAGCUCAUUUCUUGCCAUCAUGCGAAUCGGUGGGAUAUAUGUUCCUUUGGACCCAAUGAAUUCCCCCCACCGGUUGGCCGCCGUUGUUGCGGAUUGCAAGCCUGUAGCAAUUCUCGGCCACGAAGUGACGCUCACCGCCGGAAGAUUCUUAGCAGUGGGGGAUACCGCGUUAAUAGAUGUUUCUUCCCUUCCAAAAACCACCGCCGACCAUGUGGUAAAUACCGCACAGCCUGAGGGCAUUGCUGCGAUCAUUUACACCAGUGGCUCCACAGGUGUCCCCAAGGGCAUCAUUUUAAAACACUCCGGCAUACUCAACGCGCUAGAAGGAGCCAGUCAUGACCUCUCACUUGGCUCUCCAGUUGUCUUGCAGCAAACUGCGUUUACUUUCGACAUGUCCCUGUUGGAAGCACUUCUCGCUCUCCCCAAUGGCGGGACAGUAUAUGUUGUACCCAAGUGCAGCCGCAGGGACCCGAUUGCCAUCACAGAGAUCAUCGUGAAAGAACAUAUCACACUCACAUUCGCUACACCUUCCGAGUAUAUGAGCUGGCUUCAUUAUGGAAUAUCCUUGAAAUAUUCGAGCUGGACAGUGGCCUUCUCAGGUGGAGAUACAUUUACUCCGAGUCUAAAGCAUAGCUUCCAAACACUCUCGAAGGAUAAUCUACGCCUUUACAACAUAUACGGGCCUACAGAAAUUAGUUUCACGAGUCAUACAACGCAGCUAGAUUACGGACAAAGCUCAAGUUCUGCAAGCAGCUCUGAACGCAUACCUGUAGGCUUUGCCUUCCGGAAUUCCUCGACUUAUAUCGUGGACGAUAAGUUGGAACUUGUACCGGUGGGGUUUCCAGGCGAGGUGGUAAUUGGAGGAGCAGGGGUUUCCCCAGGCUAUCACAACAAUGAUGACCUCACAACCCGAACCUUUCUCGACGACACAUAUGCUUCCUCCGAGUAUCUCGCUCGGGGGUGGACGAAGAUGCUCCGAACAGGUGAUAGAGGUCGACUCCGAGAUGAUGGUGCUUUGAUAGUAGAGGGCCGGAUUUCUGGGGAUACGCAGAUAAAAUUGAGGGGCAUACGGAUCGACCUCCAAGAUAUCGAAGCCGUUAUCUUGCAGAGCGCGAAUUUAGCACUCCGAGAUGUGGUGGUCUCAUUCCGUUCCGAAUCUCAAGCCAUAGUUGCUCAUGUGGUGUUCCGUCCCGAUUAUCCGGUUAUCAGGAGGGAGGGAUUCCUAAAACAUUUGUGGUCUUCCCUCCCUGUGCCACAUUAUAUGCGGCCAACAUUUAUCAUUCCAUUGGAUAGCUUGCCUAUGACGUAUCAUAUGAAAGUCGACCGGAUAGCGAUUCAAGCUAUUCCUAUCCCACGAUCUGAGCAAUCGAGCGAAUCCCAAGCCCUCACACAGACAGAAAGCCAGCUGAAGAAAAUUUGGGAAAGUGUCCUCUCUACCGAAGCCCUGAAAUUCCAUACUCUUCAUGCCGACGCGGACUUUUUCUAUGUCGGUGGAAACUCUGCGCUGCUCGUGCGAUUGCAAUCAUUGAUUCGAAAAUCAUUUGAUGUUGUCCUACCCCUCUUUCAGCUUUUUGAAGCUAGUACACUAAAAAGUAUGGCAUCGAGGAUUGAAAACACCAUUCCAGCAGACACCAUAGACUGGGAAAAGGAGACGUCGCUACCGUCUUCUCUCCCUGGCUUGUCAGCUAUCAGCAAGCCGGGAAAUAUUACAUCAAGACACCGCACUGCCAAAGUAGUACUCCUCACUGGUUCGACCGGUUUCCUUGGGCGAUCCAUUCUGCGGCUCCUCGUCGAUGAUGCCCAAGUCUCUAAAAUACAUUGCGUAGCGGUUCGACAACUGGAUCCUCAAGGGGAGCGCACUUUGCCGAUUACCUCCGAGAAGAUAGUCGUGCACCUGGGAGACAUGACAGAGCCACUUCUCGGCCUUUCUGAGACAAAGUUUGCGAACCUAGCACAAGAAGUCAAUAUCAUUAUCCACAACGGUGCCCAGAGGUCAUUCUGGGAGUAUUAUCAAUUGCUGCGCAACGCCAAUGUCUCAAGCACCAAGGAGCUGGUGAGGAUGGCAGCAUUGCACAAGAUUCCCAUUCACUUUAUCUCAUCAGGUGGGGUAUUUAAUUUUAGUCAGGGUGAGAAUAACUUCUCUGCAAGGUCAGCUACGGAUUUUCAUCCUCCCACGGAUGGAUCGAAUGGCUAUGUCGCAUCAAAAUGGGCCAGUGAGAAGUGCCUAGAAAAUGCUGCAGAAGCCUUUGGAAUUCCUGUCUGCAUAUAUAGAACCAUCCCCGCUGUCAAGAGGUCUUCAUCCCCUUCAGCCAUCAAACAGGAAUUUCUGAGGUUAUCUCGCGAGAUGAAAACCCUCCCAGCAUCAAGUGGAUGGACUGGAGAGGUAGACCUCCUGCCUGUUGAGACCGUUGCCCAAGGCAUCUGUACGAGCUCUGUGAAGGACGAACAUACUGGUAACGCUCCUUCUAUAAGGUUUAUUCAUUACGACGCCCAAGUAAAGUUACUUGCAAGUGAACUGUCGGAAUACCUAGAGAGCAACUGCCACGAGAAGGCAACCUUCAAACGGAUCCCUGCUCUUGAGUGGGUUGGAGAGAUUAAAAAGCUCGAUUUUAAGUACCUGUUUGCUUCGCAGAAUAUCAUCUUAGACUCCGGGGAUGGCUCGGCCGACAACCAUCUUGUUUCCAGGAGAUAA